AUGGCUCCCCCAAUGAUUUCAAUCAAGGGGCCCUCGAAAAAGGCGGCCAUCGCAGCUUCAUCUGUGGCUGCUGCUCUGUUCGGAGCGGUAUACGCAAACAAUCACUACGGAGUGACAUACGACAUAAAUCAGCUUCGUCAUGAGAAAGCCUUCCAAAAAUGUCUUGCACAGCGCAUUCAGGCCCUGGGCGGCAACUUUUCUUUGCACCGCAUGCUCGAACUUGCUGAUAGAGAGGCAGAAGCCCUCUGGUUUGAAGGUCGACGGUGGACCUUUGCGGAAAUACUUCUUGAGUCUACCAAACUAGCUGCUCUACUCCAAGAGAGGGGUAUUGUCAGCGGUGACACGGUGGCAUUUAUGACUUCUAACUCGCCCGAGAUGAUUGUCGCUUUGGCAGCGGUGUCCAAACUUGGUGCCGUGCCCGCGCUGAUAAAUACGGCAUUGAGAAAUCACACUCUUCAGCAUUGCCUCGACAUCGUGAAUGCAAAGCUUAUGAUUUGCACACCUGAUCUUGUCGCGGCUAUCGUAGAGGAAGGGAGUACCACCACCACGCCGCCAAUUCUCUCAUUGUCUUUGUCGUCUUUCCCCCCUCUUCAACUAUCUCCGGAGACAUGCGCUAAUGCUAGCAUCACCGUGGUCCGUUACGAGGACCUUGUAAACGUUAUAGUUUGCGCCCUCACACCACCCAAGCGCCUUCUCAAAGACGUCGGUGUCUUGGUUUACACCUCGGGCACAAGCGGCAAGCCAAAGGCCGUUGCGGUCAAGAAUUUCCUACUUGUCCUGGUUUCAACAACGCUUCCGCUUGAUGCUAAGAAGCCUCGGACUUAUCUGCCCCUCCGGACCUACUCCUGUCUACCUCUUUUCCAUGCCACAGCGCUCUUCACAGGCGUUUAUUACAGCGCCGGGAUUUCAGGCUCACUUUGUCUUGCCCGCAAGUUCUCGGCGUCACAAUUCUCCAACGAACUCGUAAAGUCCGGUGCCACCCGGAUGCUGUACGUCGGUGAGCUCUGUAGGUAUCUCCUCAGAGCGCCUAAUUCGCCAAAUGACCGGGCACACAAGUGUAUCGUGGCCAUGGGUAACGGCCUCAGUGCCGACGUAUGGCGACAGUUUGUACAACGAUUCAACAUUCUGGAGGUCCGAGAAAUCUAUCGCUCUACGGAGGGUGUUGCAAAGUUCGACAACUAUACGCGUCUUCUGAGCGGUGCUGGAAAGGUCGGGUAUGCCGGUCCUGUGAAGGCGAGAGCUGAAGAUACAACCUUCUUGGUCAAAUACGACACCGAGAGCGGUGCUCUCUACCGGGACCCCAAAACGGGAUUCUGUGUCCCCGCCAAGGCAGACGAACCUGGGGAGGCUAUUGGGCGGGUGCGAUCCAAAGAUCUCCUGAACAACUAUCAUAAUAAUGAGGAAGCAACGCAAGCCAAGCUAGUUUCUGACGUCUUUGAGAAGGGCGACUUGUUCCAACGGACGGGAGACCUUCUUGUCCGCCAGAGUAAUGGCUGGAUCAGAUUUCAUGACCGUACGGGUGAUACUUUCAGGUGGCGAGGCGAAAACGUCAGCGCUAGCGAAGUACGUGAGCAUAUUGAGAAGCUCGACAGUGUGAAGGCUUGCUCAGCGUAUGCCGUCAAACUCCCAGGAUAUGAUGGUCAGGCUGGCGCUGCCGCCAUUACAUUAGUCGACCCAUCUACCGAGGACUCUUUCACCAGCACUCUGUUUGAUCGCUUACAGGCCCGUGGUCUAGCCUUGUACCAGAUGCCCAGACUUAUCCGGUUCCGAGCCUCCAUUGACACAACUGCUACUUUCAAGCAGUCAAGUGCGGGCAUGAAGACCCUCUCUUGGGAUCCCGAAGAAAACCAGGGAGACAAAGUUUAUUGGUUGAAUGGAAAUAAGUAUCGUCAGAUUGACACCACUUCAUGGACCGACAUCAAGCUUGGUAAGGCAAGGUUGUGA